AUGUCUGACGACACAGACAUAUUAGACCUACGGUCGGGGUUGAAUUCCUUGUACAUGAUAUAUUGUACUUCGCUAUUACCCUUGGUGAUCAUCGGUAUAGCCUUUUUCUAUUCCGGUUUGACACAGAGACGGUCUUCACUCACAAUGUUUGCUAUUCCUUUUUUGAUUAGUCCCCUUAUUUUCAUCGACUGGUUCAUAUGGGGCUAUUCGCUUUGCUAUGCUAAAGCUUCAAACAAAUUUAUUGGAAGUAUGGAGUUUGUCGUAUUAAGACAUCUCAAAGACUCGCUUCUUACCGUCUAUGCCAAUACUAGAGGCGAAAUAUUUGCUUUGAAUCAUUUCCUCUUUAAUGGUCUCUUCAAAGUCAUCUGUGCUGCUUUGACGUUCCCUGGCUGUAUAGCCGAAAGAGGAAGAAUGCUUCCCAUGCUUGUAUUCUUGUUUUUCUGGUCUUGUAUGAUCUACAACCCAGUAACAUAUUGGUUCUGGAAUCCGAACGGAUGGCUUUCCGUAGACUUGAACAAGCUUCCGGUGUUGGAUUUUGCUGGUGGGAACUGUAUUCACAUUGUUUCUGGCUUCACGAGUUUGGCAUACUCCUACAUCUUGGGUCCCCGUAAUCCCAAAAUCUUGUACAACUACCGCAACAUAAAUACGGGCCAUAUAAUAUUUGGGACGUUCUUGGUGAUGUGCGGAUGGGUAGGCUUUGUGGGCGGAUGUGACUUCAAAUUCUCGCCCUAUUCACUUUUUAUAUUUGUAAACACCAUCCUUUGUGCUUGUGUUGGAGGAAUCGUCUGGAUGCUGAUUGAUUACUACUAUUCUUCCAUACCUCUUGAAGGAACUCAAGACUCGGACAACCAAGAUGAGCAGCAGCAAAAUAGACAUGUGGAUUCUUCUGCUAGACUUAGUCCCUUAACUUCACAUCUUAGCAACGUAGCACCUGUGAUUUCCGAGACUGGAGUGUUACUCAAUCAGCAUUUACGAGAGACAAAGUCGAAUUUUGUUGAAAGAAGAAAGUUUUCUAUGAUUUCGUUCUCUUCUGGGAUCAUGACUGGGCUCGUUGUGAUUACUCCAGGUGGUGGAUAUGUUUCCUCUCCCAAUGAGUUUUGGAAGAGUAUAGUUUACGGAGUUGUAGGUGCAAUCUGUUGCAAUCUUUCCACAAGAUUGAAGUACUUUUUCCAUAUCGACGAUGCACUAGACAUCUUUGCUAUCCAUGGGGUGGCCGGGUUUGUAGGCUCGAUAUUGACUGGUAUCUUUGCCAACAAGCAGUUCAAUUCUGAUGGAGGGUGGGUUGUGGGACACUGGAAACAAGUGGGAUACCAGUUGUUGGGAAGUGUAGUUACUGCAUCGUAUGUGUUCAUCAUGACUUACUUUUUCUUGUACAUAAUUGAUCUUGUUCCUGGAUUACACUUGAGGAUUGACAAGACGUUUAACAGAAGAAUGAAGGAAGAAAAGAUGAAGGCUAAAGCAGAAGGAAAAGACGAAGAAUCCAAGAUGUCUACCGCGGAUCAUCCACAUGCUGACGACAUGAGUUUCUUAGAAGCUGCUGAGUUGAUGGGUACCGAUUGUUACGAGUUCAACGGUGAGUACAUGAUGGAUUUCGUAGAGUUCAUUAAGGUUUUGCGACCUCAGGACUACGAGGAGGAUCAACUCGAAGAGUUGUAUCCGAACACAGAUACCCAGUUCGAGAAUAUCCACGGCUUAGGCUCGGAUUACGAAAUGCAACAUGAAGGUGGAACCCAUCUCACUAAGAGAGAGUGA